AUGCCAACCGUCUUACUGCCCUCGUCGGCCGCUGCCUUUGCGCCGCGGUCGUCGCCCAACGUGGUGUUGAACUCUCGGAUCGAACCUUGGCUCACCGCAACCUUAAAACGAGUCAACCGUGUCAAGCGACCUUUGAACAAUGUGUCGCAGCAUACAAGAUGUCUAACCGAAACUCUUUCUUCAACGAACGCUAUCUGGACUCUCUGCUCGAUGAUGUUCCCGAAGGCUCCCGAGGCGGAGCUGAGGAAGGACGAGAACCCUCUAGUAGAGGCACUAUUCAACUACCAGAUGAUUCACGUCGAAGCAUACGUGGUCCAUGUUGACAUGGUGUCUCGGAACGAGGUCGCGUUCAAGCUCACACCUGAGACGAUAGAGUCGCUCGUUGAAUACCACAAGGAUGUCUACUCGAUUGACACCGCUGCCAACACUUGGGACUGGGCUGAGAAGGACAAUCAGCUGAAGAAGUUGCAGGAGGAAUUUGUCCAAGCAGCCAACAAGUUUGUUUACCGCACCAGCGCCCAGGCUCUUGAAGGCCUGGAGGAAGAUGGUGCGGGAGAGCUGCUUGGUGGUAGGAGUGAGGAUGCGAAAGGUGCUAUUUCUGCCCUGUUUGUUCCUCUACUCCCGCCGCCUCCUCGCAUCGUUGAUGUUCUUCGUUCUACGCCUUUGCUCCCUAGUUCGACCGGACCCGAGACAUGGUGGCACGACCCGAUGCAACAACCGGUAUCGAUGGACUCAUGGAAGGUGCUCCCAUCCAGUCCUGCGCCCGUUACGACGGGGGAUAUAAACCCAAGUAUGUGGGCUGGACUGGGUAGUAUGCCUGAAAUACAGAUGGCCUCAACACCCGCCUACAGCCAGGCAUAUACCACCUCGCCAUACAAUACCCUGCAGUACUAUAGCGCAGCGGCAACAUCAGCUGCUCUUGCAGCGCUCCCACUUCCAAGUAUGCUCGUGCAGCCCUGUAGCACAGCGGCAAACAUGACUGGUUUUGGAUGGGGCGAUCGCUACCAAGAGUUUGCGCUACCGUACGGUACAACGAUGUAA